AUGAGAUGCCCUACUGCGAGCCCUCGAGGGGCCCACGAACCAAUGCAACCUCCAUGGCACAUGGAUGACGAACGCAAGUUAGAAAAGUUCGUAACAGUAUUCACCGUCGAGUCGUGCAGAGCGAGGCGCACUUUCACCGCUUGCUCGCCCGAAAACUCCGCCCGACUGGUUCGUCCGCUUAGUGCGAAUUCCGAGAACUACAGUGAGGAGUGCCAUCGUGUCGGCGGUGUAGAGCGAGAGAGCAAGAGCGGACAGUGCGCUCAGAAGAGCAUGUGGCAGCGCAGGUUGGAGUUGGCUAUUCCGUGGUGUGCGCGG